AUGUUUGGCGCAUUCAAACCCUCAAGCUCGCUAUCUGGCGGCUUACUAUGGAAAAUCCCGUGGCGCCUCUCACCACCCCAAAAGCUCCGCCAUCGCCGUCGAAUGCGCCGGGUAGACAAUGUCGUCGCCACCCUCGACACAGCACUCAAACGGCAGGACGCCUCUACCUCAGCACGGUCACAACACGCCAAUAGCGCAACAUCGAGCGACCCUCCACCUUCACAAAUACCAACCAAUUCCACCUCCCACUCCGCCGCCACGCCUACGGACCUGAGCAGUACCGCAGAAGGCCGCCGCCUCCUCGACGCCUCCACCCACUCGACUCAGGACUCCCUCCGCCAUGGCCGCGGCCCACGACAAGGCGAGCUCGUGCCCGGCUCUACGCGCACACGACUUGGCGACCAAGCGCGGAGGGAAAGCACGAUCAAAUUGAUUGAGCGGUGGAAAGCUGAAAUGCCUACUGAGCAGGAGAUGCUGCCGCGGGACAAGUACACAAUGUUUGAUCGCAAGGUGAAGGGAUAUCGGAAGGGGGUGCAUAAGCUGCCGAAGUGGACGAGAGUCAGUCAAAGGUUGAAUCCGCCUGGGUUUUGA